UUUUCAGAGCCGGGACAGGGUUGCCUAGCAGCUGGGAGGAGGACUCUGCCUACUUCACGCUCUUCCACUUUAAAAAUUUUUUUUAAACCCGAAGAACCGUGGACUCUGCCUUUUGUCUGUUUGUCUGCGUUAAGACAACAUUCCAAGCAUGCCACAGACCGUGACACUGAACGGACCCUCUCCGUGGGGCUUUCGACUGGUGGGAGGACGGGAUUUCAGCACACCGUUAACUAUCUCCAGGAUAACACCUGGUAGCAAGGCAGCCCAAGGUGACCUGUGUCCAGGGGACACCAUUCUGGCCAUCAAUGGUGACAGCACAGAGAACAUGACACACAUGGAGGCUCAGAACAGAAUAAAAAUGUGCACCCAGCAGCUCACACUCAGCAUCAUCAGAUCAGGAUCUGGAGACAGAGUGUGGUCACCAACACUUAGUGAGGACGGCAAGACAAGCCCUUACUUGGAGCAUGACUCACAGAAUUUCCGUCCCAUCACCAGUGGUUUUGGCAGUUAUGGUCGGAAACCUUCGUAUACUUCUGAACCGCAGUCCCCUCAGCCCCCCCAGUACCCUCAACCCCCUCAUCACAGUCAUUCCCCUCAGCACCUUCAGUCCCCCCUGUACCCUCAGCCCCCUCAGCCUACUCACCUGAAUAACGGACACUCCAGACCCAACAACGGCUACAGCUAUGGAUAUGGGAAUGGAACCGGGAACGCUCAGUACAACAACCCAUCAGGGCUUUACUCUCACAAUGGCAGCAAUGGAGACAGAGCCCUUCCAAACAAGAUGGGGGGUCUCAGCCUGAGUGCCACACACAGCCCCGAGGCUCCCCCACAGUCCCCCGUGGGCCGUAAUGGUUUCGACCCACAGUCAGACGUCUACAAGAUGCUGCAGGACUAUGAAGUACCAGCCUCUGAACCCAAACAGUCUGGCUCCUUCAAAUACCUUCAAGAGAUUCUGGAAGCUGAGGAUGGAGGUAUGUCACCAACAGAGAGACUGAGACAGUUAAAGUCUCCAAUCAGAUCUCCGAUACCAAAGUUGGGGAGCCCCAUUACCAACCCAAUUCCCAGCCCAAUGUCUGGUCUACAGAAGCUAUCCCAGUGCACGCGCUGCUGUAAUGGCAUUGUUGGCACCAUUGUAAAGGCCAGAGACAAACUCUACCAUCCUGACUGCUUCGUGUGCGACGACUGCGGCAUCAACCUAAAGCAGAGGGGUUACUUCUUCAUCGAGGAAAAUCUGUACUGUGAGACCCACGCCAAGGCUCGCGUCCAACCCCCUGAGGGCUAYGACGUCGUGGCUGUUUACCCCAACUCCAAGGUGGAGUUGGUUUAAGAUGAACAGACUGACACUUUUGCAACAUACAUGAGAAAUCUAACCAAUUAUAGGAUGGGGCUACUGAGUAUACUAGCCUACAYUGAUUAGGCUCUGUCAAGCAGGACGGCUGAUGUUGGAUCAGUUUUGCAUUCUGGGGAGAGCGGUUUGAUCAUUGAUCAGUUCUUCCAUGCCGACAGAUCUGAUAAAUGUUAUGUAUAUUUGGAAGACAAAAAGAUGUUGACAGACUGAGUCUUGGGGCUGAUGAAUCUCGAAAAAGCUAUUAAUCUGAAAAUCCUUUUAUUUUUUUCACCUGUUGUGUUUACAUUGAACUGUAUUCAAGCAAAAACCAGACACAGCUAAGAUUGUAGUCAGAAAACAGCACUCAUUUACAGAAUAUAUUCAGUAUAUAUAC